AUGGCGGACUUGGCGUUAAACGCAGUUUUUGUUCGCUCAUCCAACGAUGACCUUCAGUUCAGUGCGUCAAAGGUAGUGAGGGGGCCUGCCGGGGAGCAGCUCUGCUCGCUGUCGGCAUCCUUGCAACAGUAUGCGACGUUGGGCUUUCAGGCCACUCACUUUGCACAUGCAGCUGCCAUAUGCAGAAAGAUGUUGCAACCGCAACCUCCUUCUGCGUCGUUAGGCCAACUGACUGAAGCGGACGGUGCAGCGGAGAAUGAGGAGGCCUUACUCUCCCCGUCCUUGGUGCAGCCGACCAUUUUCCUUGGGGUGACAGCAAAUUUGUUUGGGACCGGCUGUCGUGAGGCAAUUCGGUUUCUUUGUGCUGAGUGCGUUCCCUUACCGGAUGGUGUGUUGCCAGCGGUCAAGUCUGACGAAACCCCCAUGACGGGCUCUGGCAAUAAUGAUGGGACAAUGCCUUUAUAUCCACCGCAUCUUUCCAAGGCGCUUAUUCAUGCGUUGGUGGUGAGUGGAGGUGCGAUGGAGCAUGACAUUCGCCGCGCAUGUGAACCUUACUACAUUACCAAAUACGGGGGAGGUGAUGCAGCUCAGUCGCCGCAACAGCAGCAAGCAGCUGCAACAGCAGGUGAGGCGGGUGCUCGCUUUGGAAACAUUAGUUACGGCGGUAGUGGUGGGGGUCAGGACUCAUUCAUGUUUUCAUCCGUCAUGCGCCGUCUGGUGUCUCGCUUAAUCGAAGAGCAGAAGCGCUGCAAGGCCGCCUCGGCUGCCAAGCCAGCUCCCACGGCAUACGAGAAUGUCUGUACCUGGAGUUUUGGCCCCAGCGCAGUGUGGUACCUGGCCGGCCGAUGGCUACCGGAACUAUUUACAGAGGCUUUACUUGAGAGGAACAUGGGGGAGGUCGGGUCAGUCGCGGAUGAGGCGCAGCGGCGUGCUGAGAGCACGGUCUUGUAUUGGGCAGCCAAGAACGGUGUGUCUAUUUUUUCACCAUCCUUCGUUGACGGGGACGUCAUGAAAUUUGUUUUGGCGAUGGAUAAUUCGACCUCCGCUAUGCUGAAGUUGGAUCUUGUGGCGGAUAUCUACCGUCUCAAUACGCUUGCUAUGCGCAGCCAGCGAACCGGAAUGAUUAUUCUCGGUGGAGGAGUGGUGAAGCACCACGUGUGCAACGCCAACCUUAUGCGCAAUGGGGCCGACUUUACCGUGUUCAUCAAUAAUGGACAGGAGUUUGAUGGCAGCGACGCCGGUGCCCGUCCUGAAGAGGCAAUUUCUUGGGGGAAAAUACGCCUCGACGGUGAAUACGCAAAGGUGUACGCGGAAGUCUCUCUCGUCUUUCCGCUGCUGGUUGCGCAGGCUUUCCUGCCGUGGGUUCGUGCGGCCCGCGGUUUGCCGCAGGUGGAACAGGGCGGUGAACAUGCGUAG